CGACAGUCCUUGAAUGCAGCACCGGCCCGCUCCACUGCGCAGUCUCUGAACACUUCAACACGAUCGGCAACUUCACCGGGAGCCUCCUGGCCCCUCCGCCUGUCGCCCACAACAGCCCGCAUCAUCAUCAUCAUCAUCACCAGCAUCAUCACCAUCCUCAUCAUCAUCAUCCUCAUCAGCAUCAGUGUGAUGAAGCAGCGGAGGACGUAGACCUUCCUGCUCUGAGACACUGGAUCAGCCCGCAGACAGGAUGACUGAAGUGAUGAACUCUCUGGAGCCCGGUACGGAGGACUUCAGCGGGGGUGGAGCAGGAGCAGAUCAGGGCGAAAUCUUCCUGGAUACCCAUGAAAGGUAUCCAAAGCUGUCCAAGAGGCUUCCCUCCAUCGUGGUCGAGCCAAUGGAUGGAGCCGAGGUGGAGAGCGGCGAGCUCCGCUGGCCGCCGGACGAGCCGAGCUCUCCGGACGGUCAGACGGAGAGGCAGAGUGCAGACCAACAAAUGGAGAGGCAGAGUGCAGACCAACAAAUGGAGAGGCAGAGUGCAGACCAACAAAUUGCAGAUGAGGACCAGUCGAAUGUGGACGCAGACCAAGAGGCUUCAGAGACGGAGAUUCAGGACUCCAACUGAACGAACUCUCCUCCUGCGUGAUCCGCCGUUACUGUGAGUGUGUCCAGACUCGGAUGGAUAGCACGUCCAAUAGAAGAGCACGUUGCAUUGUUAGAAAGAUCACAGAGACAUUUUAGAGAGGGUAGAGAAACAGAACCCCAGCUCACGGGCUUGGAUCCAGAGUCGUGUUAAAUACAUACAUUACUGAAGGAGUUUAGGUUUUUCGUGCACACUUCUUUAGACAUACACUCUUGGCAGAAGACGGGUUUUUAAUGUCAAAAUAUUUGAGGGUUUUGUUCUCUAAUAAGACUGUUGUCAUAUUUCCAGCUUUGUGAUUUUGAUAUUAUUAAUUUUAAUAAACAAAGGUUCUCUCUCUGGCUCCAAGCCCUCGUCGUCCACGAUAUCAUCUGGUCUGGACAGAUGGUUCUAAAUGCUGUCUUAAGUAUUUAGCUCAUGUGUGCCAUAUUACUACUACUUCUUAUGGUAGCUACUGUAUGUUGUGCACAGUUUUUACAUUAACUCUAGAUGUAAAUGACAUCACUGUAUGGUAAGUGCUGACUGCUGUAGUUCUGGUGAUGCUUGGUCUCACUAUUCACUUUGUAAUAAUAGCUAGGAUGUUUUAAAGAACGGUGUUUGAUGAAGAACGCCUUCAUCGCUUUAUUCAAUGUUAUUACGAUACAUUCUUUAAGAAAUUAUAAUAUGUCGUCUUCAUACAGUUGGUGUUAAAGAGAAUGUAACCGUGUUCUGUUUUACUUAUUGGAGCAAUAGUUUCACAUGAAUUUUAAAGGCAGUUCAUUUUGUUACAGGAGGUAAAAACAACAAGUAUAUUUUAGACGUGUGUCGCUUGUCACAGACAUGAUAUUUUUUAAAUUAUUGGAAGCCUAAAUUAUUGCACAAGUAAUAAAUAAAGCUUUUCAAAAUUCUUAAAA